UUUUUCUUCUACUUCCACCGCAAAAGUUUAAAUGUUCAACAUCGACAGACGACACAGCAGAGGGCGAGGCACCGCAAAGGCAUAGCGUCGAGCAAAUUGGGCACUAAGGCGUCGCGUUGAACAAAACAAGAAGUGAAAUAGAAAAACAUAGUGCAACCAAAUACAUAAAUAUUCCAGUCCAGUCCAGCGUGGAAUGGUGAAAGUCACUGGCAUUUUCAGUCCAACAACGAAUGCGCCGAAACAACAACAGCACGAAGAACGAGAAAACUGCAAAUAAACAACAUUAACAAACAACCAUUUGAGAGGGCAGCGGCGCAAUUCUUCUACCUCUUCCACCAAGCCGCCAACUGCUCACUACCUAUUUCAACAGCCACAGCGGUAACAGAAACAUGAAUAAAGCCAGCAAGCAUAUACAGAGUGGUAUCGGGGUGACUACAUCACCCACCGCCGUCAAUGCAGUCGGCGCACUAUCUACACAAAAGAAUGUCAUCAAUUCCAUAAUGAGUUUUUUGCCCGACAAUCGGCCCAUAACAUCGUUGCAAAUUGUUGAGGAUUAUGAAAAAUGCCCAAAGAAUUUCACACCCGUACAUCGUACAUACGAUCAAGAUGCCGAUGCCGAUUUAUGGCGUGAAAAUAAUAUACUCUUUGGCCGCCAAACCACACGCUAUUUAUGCUUAUCGAAGACUGAGGGCUUGCCCGAGUACGUAGUGGAGACGCUCAAAUAGGCGGAUAUGUACUUUAGUUGGGUGAAUGGUUGAGCAGCGAACGAGUGUGGAAAUUUUCGAUAUUGGUGUGCAAAUUCUUUUAUAAAUCUAUUUUGCCAAAUUGAUUUAUUUAUACAUAUGUAUGUACAUAUCGUUACCUUAAUAUAGAAAUGCCCUAACUCAUUUUCUAUUCAAAUCCAGUAUUGUAUAAAAGUCUGCCGAUAACUGACUAAGCAUCUACUGGAUUUUAAAAAUUUCUACUACGGCAUAAAAUUAGUUACACUCUUAAAUAAAAACAGCCUUUAAAAGAAAUUCGCAGCAAAAGGACUCAUUA